AUGUCCGAGAUCAAUGACAAUCGCAACGAUAAUAAUGAAAUUGCAGAAACAUCACCGCUGCUCCCCGACAAUAAUGCACCACAACACGUAGUCCUUGAUGAUGACGACGACGACGCUGCUAAAUGGAGCACCGAGGCAAUCCGCACAGCCAGCUUGGCGGUCAUGAUCCUCAUAUUGUACGCCUUUGCCGAUGUACUCAAAUACACUGCCACCGUGCAAUUAAUCGAAGUCGGCGUGUGUCGCGAGCACUAUCCCAAUACCGAUACUUCAGCAAAUCAUGAAUUCUGCAAAUCGCCACCCGUGCAACAGGAACUGGCCCAUCUGCGUGGCUACCUAUCCGCUCUGGAAGCUAUCGUCGGCCUAGUCCUGACUCUACCGUACGGUUUACUCGUGGGUCGCCUCGGGGAGCCUUUACUUGCCGGCGUCAACGUCGUUGGAUACCUCUUGUCGUGCGCAUGGCUUGUCGUCGUUUGUUUCUAUCAUAAUGUUUUUCCAAUCUGGACGGUUGUGCUCUCGCCGCUUUGGAGGGUGGUUGGAGGCGGAUCGCCGUUUUUCAUGUCGGUGAUUUACUCUAUUACGGCCAAGCAUGUUCCUGCUGCGAAUAGGUCGCUUUGCUUCUUCCUUUUCAUGGCUGCUCAACUCUGUACCGAGAUUGUGGCCAUCAUGCUUGCUGCGACGCUUCUUGAGCGAGAUCACCCGUUUGUAUCAAUGAUACUCAACUUUCCGCUGGGAUUGCUGUGUCUCGUCGCCAUCUUCAUGUUGCGCUCUGAUACCAGUCAGACAGACCCGGCGGACGAUGGAAACGACUUGACCAAAGAACCAGCUGAUUUUAUUAGCUCCGUUCGACGUAGUCUGAACAUACUACCCCAGCUUUUCCACAACCGCUAUCUCCUCGUCUUAUUAUCCACUGUUCCAGUCGCAAAAAUGUUGAAUCCUGUCAUGGAGCUCAUGUUUCAGUAUAUACCGCGGAAAUUUGACGUAUCGCUCGCUUGGACAAGUCGUAUAUUCUCCAUACAGGCAUUUGAGAGCUUGAUCUUUCUGAUUGUCGUACUACCCCUGGCAAAGCGCAUUGCACAAGCAAGAUUCCAUAUCAGCUCUAAAAAAGUUGACCUAUCCAUUGCUCAGUACGGGUUUACGAUUAUGGUUCUGGGCUGUCUGAUCAUGGCGUCCGCACAAUCAGUUUUGCUUUUCAUUCUCGGAUUUCUGCUCUUUACCACCGGCUGCAGCACGAGGCCGGCUCUUCAAUCCGUUCUAGCAGAUCUCGUCAGCCCAGAACAUGUGGCUGUACUCUACACUGUGAUUGCAGUCGGAGAUGGAGUCGGAUCCGCUGUUGGUGCGUUGAUACUCAAUCGCAGUCUUGCAGUUGCCAUUGGCUGGGAUGAUAGCUUUUACCUUGGCUUUCCAUUCUUGCUGGCUGCUGCAUGCUUUAUGUUUGGGCUUGUGGGCGCUUUGUUUGCGAAUCGAGCAUUGCGGGCUGGAUUGAAUGUAUAG